AUGCGCAACUUCAUCGUCUCCCUCAUCAUCGUGGCCACCGCUGUCACCGCGUCCCACAUCCCCAUACCACGAAAUGAACGAAGCGCCAACCACAGUGCUGUCGACAGCCCAACAUCGCUCGCGGACGGCCAAGACGAUCCUCAGCCGACGUGCUCCCCAGUCGGCCACCCGUGUACGCCGAUCAGAUGUUGCCCGGGCCUCUCGUGUGUAGGAUUUCACGCAUACCCAGGCUCGGCGUGCAUAGUGUGCCCGCCUGGAUGGAUAUGCUAG